UCAGUUCUAUAUAGAACAUCUAGACUCAUCUCUUCUGCAUAUUAAAAGCUCUCCUCUCUUUAUGUUUCUUUACAACAACAUUCACCUAUUGCCAAGACAUCCUCUUUGUCUCUUUCUCUCCUUCUGUCUCUUCUCUUAUUUUCCUUCUCGUACUUUCAUCUGGUGGGCAGUGCAAGAACAAGGCAAACUCUCAAUUUUCUCUGAGAUUGAAGAAUAUUGUCAAUGGAGAUGGAAUCCUGUGUCCCACCAGGCUUCAGAUUUCACCCAACAGAAGAAGAACUUGUAGGUUACUACCUCAAGAGGAAGAUCGACUCACAGAAAAUCGAUCUAGAUGUUAUCGCUAACAUUGAUCUCUACAAAAUGGAGCCGUGGGACAUCCAAGCCAGAUGCAAUCUAGGGUAUGCUGAACAGAAUGAGUGGUAUUUCUUCAGUCACAAGGACAGGAAGUAUCCGACCGGAACACGGACUAAUAGAGCCACUGCUGCUGGAUUUUGGAAGGCAACCGGAAGGGACAAGGCCGUGCUCUCCAAGAACAGACUUAUAGGGAUGAGGAAGACCUUAGUGUUCUACAAGGGACGUGCACCCAAUGGAAGGAAAACUGACUGGAUCAUGCAUGAAUAUCGUCUCCAAACAUCUGAAAAUGGACCCCCUCAGGAAGAGGGAUGGGUGGUAUGCAGGGCAUUCAAGAAACCAAGUCCUAAUCAAAGACAAGGUUUUGAAGCUUGGAGUCAUGCUUAUUAUGUCAAUGAUAUCAACCAUGCUAGACCUCCUUCAUUCUCAGAUACUGUAACUACUGCACAUAAUAUGGUUCGACCGAAUCAAGGUGCGAGUUUUCAACAGCCCUUCUGCUCGAACUCUGACCUCGUUUCAAACCAAACAUUUUUGGAUAACAAUAACCAGCUUGUUGAACUCCCAGAACUAGAUAGCCCCAGUACACUCUCAACAAGUUUUGCAGCAAAAGAAGGCAAUUUCCACCAGACCAAUGAAGAUUACGAUGAAGAAAGGAGCAAUAAUAGCAGCCAAUAUAUCGACUGGAAAAACUUUGACACCUUACUAGCGUCACAAGUGACUGAUUCAAGUACUUCAUAUCCCCUUCAAGACUUGCCAUCUAUACCUCAAAACUAUGACCCAGCAGCUGGCCAGCAAGACCAAUACGUUAGCCAUUUCCUUGACUGCUUUCCUGACUUAUAAUAACAAAAAGCUCUAGCGCUUAUACUGUUCCAAUCUAUUUAAGGCUAUAUAUGUAUUCAUGGUAAUAAUAGUGCUAUAGUAGGAGCUAAAGGUUAAAGUCUUGUUUUAGAAAUACUUGCAUGCUGAUGAUGAUCAUUUAUUUAGGUGAAAGUUUUGAUUCACCUUUUUUUCCCUUUUUUAUGUUGUUCCAUAAUUGUAAAUUAUGCAUCAUUGCAUGCAUAUAUAUACUUAUAUAUAUGAUCUUGAUUGUGUUUUCAUAA